AUGAGCAGGGCGGCGGCCGGCGUGGAGCUCCGGCGGGAGGCAGAGGCGAGCACUGGGGCGGCGCCGAAGGGCGCGGGAAGCAACGGUCGACGGCAGGCGCGGGAAGCAGCAGUCGACGGCAGGCGCGGGAAGCAGCAGUCGUGCGUAGCCAGGGCACGGCGAGGCUCAGGCGAGGUCGGACAGUGGCCGAGCGCGGAUGCGGGCGCGGGCAGGAGCGAGAAAGCCGCCUUGGACAACGAGCGCCUCUCUGGAGAGAUGGAGACCCUGAAGAAAAGGUUGGCGGAAUCCGAGCUCAAGGUGCAAAACCUUGAGCAGAAUGUCGGAAACCCCGCUGAACAUCACCCGUCCUAUAUCCCGGGAGACCGGAUGAAGUGGAUCAACGAGCUACAUGAGCUUGCUCGGCCUGCUACGAAGGCCGUCUGCGCGACGUUAUGGCUUCAAGUAGCUGUUCCUGAUAACUUCUUCUACCUCGCCGUUCGUCUUCAGGAGUCAGCUCGGCGGACCGCAAAGUGGAAAUCAUCCACAACUUGGAAAGGAGCUCGACAGGCUUGGGCAACGGUCAAGGCCCACUACCCCAACCUCAACCUUGCGAUGGCCAACCCGAAGGGGCCAGACGGGGACGAUGUUCUGCCGGAUACCUUCUUUUACGCGGUGAUGGAGUUCGCCACGCUCACCGAGCAGGACUGCACCUUGGAGUUUUUUAGAGUCGCUGGCAUCGGCAUGUUGGACCUCCACCCCAUCCUCCUCUCACCUGCUACAGAGACUCGUGGAGCCAGGCCGGGGGCCGAGGUGAGGCGGUCGCUCCUCCGCCCGCGCCCGAUCGUGCUGUCAUCUGUGGCCGUGGGGAGUCUGGUUGCUGCUGGGGCUGCGAAUGCUGCCGACCUCGGGGAUUCUCUGCUAGGAUCAUCCGGACUUCUCUUGGCUGACUUAAGCAUCGGAGAUUGGUUUGGAGGUUUAUUAUUUUCAGCUGGGCAGCAAGCUAAUGAGGCUGUUCUGGAUCAGUUGUCUGCUCUCAGUUUCACUAGCUUGGCAGUAAUUUUUGGUGCUGGACUUGUAACUAGUUUGUCUCCCUGUACACUCAGUGUUCUGCCAUUGACUCUAGGAUAUAUAGGUGCUUUUGGCUCUGGAAAAGAUCGAGCUGAGAUUGUUGGAAAUUCAGUUGCUUUCUCAUUAGGACUGGCAACAACCUUAGCCAUCCUUGGUGUUGCUGCUUCUUUUGCUGGAAAGGCUUAUGGGCAAGUAGGACAAGGACUCCCAGUGGCUGCUUCUGGGUUAGGAAUCGUCAUGGGACUGAACCUACUUGAGGUAGUUGAGCUACAACUUCCCUCAUUUUUCAGCGAUUAUGAUCCUCGAGCUGCUGCAGCUAACUUGCCUUCCAGUGUACAAGCAUAUCUUGCUGGCCUUACAUUUGCUUUAGCAGCAUCACCUUGCAGUACACCUGUUCUUGCUACCCUUCUGGGAUAUGUUGCCACUUCAAGAGAUCCAAUUGUUGGGGGAAGUUUGUUGUUGACAUAUACAACUGGCUAUGUUGCACCUCUUCUCAUUGCAGCCUCUUUUGCUGGAGCAUUGCAGAGUUUGCUGUCAUUCAGAAGAUAUUCCACAUGGAUAAACCCCAUCAGUGGUGCAUUUCUAUUGGGUGGAGGUGUUUAUACCCUACUGGACAAGCUGUUCCCUGCGACAUCAAUGGUGAUGUGAACUGUAGAGUUGUAGGCCAUUGCUGAACAAGAGCUGCUAGACAAGGAUCACCAUUGUUGCACAUGCCAACAUAUGUCUUGCGAUGUAAAGUAGCUAAACAUAAAUGGCAAGGAAGUAGCAUCAGUUUAUAGGAAUGCGAAUCUGUUUACGGUAACUUAAACAUCUUGAUCUCAGCAGUCCACAGAAAAGUUUGAGGUUUGACCCCAUUCCCUUCAGGGACCCAAAAGAAAACAACACAAUAA